AGCCCUCCCGGAAGAUUAGAAAACCAGUUUUAUGUGAAAGUUCGCAGGGUGAAAGGACAUUUUCUACCGAGAACCAGACGCUGCUAAAGCUUUGACUUUCUUCCAGUUUGAGACAUUUGUAGGACGAUCUGCUGGAGUUGCAGCUGAGGUGUUUAAAUACAGUUUCCUUAAGGAUGAAACGGGGAGGUGAAACCACCACGAAACCGUCCGGAACUCCGGGUUCCUCCACGACCAACACCGCAGAGCAAUCAAAGAAAAUGAGGGUCAUUUACGUCGUGUACAUAAUUGUUUCUUUGGAUAUAACCUGGAUGUUUUUACAGUUCUCUGUUACCCCAUAUUUAGCAAAGAAACUUGGAUUUGACACGUUGUGGUUUGGGUAUUUGCAAACUACAGUCGGGUUGAUUCAGCUAAUUGGAGGCCCUAUGUUUGGGAGAUUCGGGGAUCUCUUCGGGGCCCGUGCGGCUUUGUCUCUGGCUUGUGCAGCAACCACAGUUUCCUUUCUGCUUCUGGCUGUCGCUAACCAUCCCGUCCUGCUGUUCGUCCACAAACUACCUACAGUAUUUAUGCAUGUCUUGCCUGCAUGCCAGAUGGUUGUUACAGACCUCUCAGAGCCAGAGAAACGAGCCGAAGCUUUGUCCAAACUGGGUCUGUGUUUUGGUAUCGGGAUGAUCGCUGGAUCCACAUUGGGAGGAAACAUAAGCACGCGCUACGGGGAGACGUUUGCAGCCUGUGUUGGUGCUGCAGGAAGUGCCUUCAGUUUGCUGCUGGUUUUAAACUUCAUACCAAAGUCUACUAAAUCUGAGGCCUCUAGAAGCACCACUAAAUCUGAGAACCAAAACAAGAAGGUGUUCAGUUUGGGAGAGAUCACAAGACUGAUGAAGUUUCCAGGUGUAACGAGGAUUUUUCUGAUCAAAAUCAUCGCAGGUUUGCCAUCAGGCAUAUUUCAGGUGAUGUUCUCCAUCAUUGCAAUGGAUUUCUUCAAGCUCGAAGCUCAGCAGAAUGGCUACCUGAUGGCGUACUUCGGCAUCGUUCAAAUGGUUGUUCAGGGAGGAGUGAUCGGUAGACUCACGUCCAGAUUUCCUGAGAAAUCUCUUCUUCUUCUGUCCAUUGGAGUUAGUGCAGGUGUGGGUCUGGCUCAGGCCUACAUGCAGACAGUUUUCCAGCUCUGCCUCACCGUCACUCCGUGGAUCUUUUCUCUCUGCCUUUUUAACGUCACCACCGACAGCAUGCUCACCAAAAGCGUCCCGUCCUCUGACACAGGAACGAUGCUGGGUCUGUGCGCCUCCGUUCAGUCGCUGGUCCGGACAAUCGGACCGACCAUCGGCGGUUUCCUGUACAUGAACUACGGCCUCGCCUCCAUAGGUCUAAUUGAGUUUUUUGUGAAUAUCGUCGUAUGUGUUUACCUGCUAUAUCGGCAACUCAGCAAAACUGAGAGGCAGAAAGAAUGAACAGGCAAUUUUAUUUUCAUAUUCUAUAUUUUUAUAGAACUACAAAACAGAAAUGUUUAGUCAUCGUUUGCAACGUGUUGUUCAAGUAGAAACCACUAGAUGGCAGCAAAAUAUCCGGAUUAUUCAAAGAUGUUUCUGUUGAUCAGUGAUUUUAUUUUCAUUCUCUGCUUUUUUAAAAUUAUGAUUUUAUGUAUAAACAAAGGAUUCCAACUUUUAAACUUUUAGAUUUUCAAAAAAAGUCUUAUAUUUUAAAAAUAAUUCUAUUUGUUUUGUGGGCUUUAGUGUCCCUUAUUUGAAAGUAGGCUGAUAGGAAGGAGGAAGGGGAAGACAUGCGGCAAAUGUCAGUUGGGUCCGGGAAUCGAACCUGCGACGGCCGCGUCGAGGACCUAAGGCCUCCAAAUGUGGGUUGCGCUAUCUCCUACGCCACCACAGCAUGCCAAAAAUAAUUAUAUUUUAAUGCAGUAUUGUAUUGCACAAUUAUAACUUCAAACUAUAAGAAGUGAUGUUUGUAGCAUUUCUUGGUUUCUGUAAAUGUCCGUUUAAAAAACACUUUUUAAGCACUGAAGCAGUGUGGUUAUUUUUGGAUUUAUGCUUUAUAAAGAUCAAGGAUAGUUCUGAUUAUUUUAAAGGUUUCUGUAAACUGUCUAAGCACAGUAAAUUUACUUCUGAGAAAUAUAAUCGCUUCAACUUUCUAUUGGUAAACGAACAGGGCUGAAACAAUUAAUU